AUGUCGGCAUCUCCAGCAGCAAUCUCCGAGAGUAAAUCCUCUCGGUGUCCAGAAUCCAAACUGUUGGGAGCCGCCAAUCGUGCGGUUGCGUCACCCGUGGAUGAGGAGAAGGGAUAUUUCUCCCUUUCAUACGUUCCGGGAGUCUCGGACAAGCUACGGAAGAAAAUUUCCGGCACCACGGGAUUGAAGAUUGCCUUUAGGCCGGUUUCCAAGAUCCCGUGCCGGGACUGUCCGGCCAAAUACAUCGGACAAAGUAAACAGCUCCUCAAGAAUCGGAUUUCCCAACAUGCGAGGGAUUCGGCGCCUCCUACUGCGAGGGAAAAAUCGGCACUUAGUGCCCAUGCUGCUGAUACGGGCCACUCCUUUGAUUUUGACGCCACCCGGAUUCUGGACACCGAGAGGAUUUACUCUCGGAGAUUGCUGCUGGAGAUGCUGCAUAUUAAACAGUGCCCAGAGGCUGUCAAUUUCCGUUCCGACGUUCGGGGAUUGUCGACUACGUAUGCCGGACUUUUAAAGUGACCACAUGCCUAUUCGUUUUUUCAGUUUGGGUGGAUUUAGAUUUAAAUUUGGGCAACUGGUUUUUUGAGAAAUUUUCUUUCUUCUCCUUAACGUUUUUUACUUUUUGUUGUUGACGAGUAGUUUUAUGCUAGAUUUUUCUUGGUAAUUUUCUUAGUUAAAUUCCUUGUUUUUCUUUUUUGUUAUCUCUUUUAUUGUAA